ACCCGGCAACGUGCUGGGUCUGGUGGGGACCAACGGUAUCGGCAAAAGUACGGCGUUGAAGAUCCUCAGCGGCAAGCUCAAGCCCAACCUCGGUCGAUACGACAACCCGCCAGACUGGGAGGACGUGAUCAAAUACUUCCGUGGUUCCGAGUUGCAGAACUAUUUUACCAAGCUGCUUGAAGAUGACCUUAAGGCCGUCGUCAAGCCGCAGUACGUCGACCAGAUUCCCAAGGCCAUCCGCGCUGCCGACAAGAGCGUCAAGGCUCUGAUCGAGGGCCGCGUCUCGCUGGAGAACUUAGAUGAGGUCCUUGACACCCUGGCUUCGCCAUAUCCUCGACCGUGAUGUCUCUCACCUUUCCGGCGGUGAGCUUCAGCGUUUCGCCAUUGGUACCGUCUGUGUCCAAAAGGCCGAUGUGUACAUGUUUGACGAGCCGUCGUCGUAUCUCGAUGUCAAGCAGAGAUUGAGCGCCGCCCGCAUCAUCCGAUCACUGCUACGGCCGGACGACUACGUCAUUGUUGUCGAGCACGAUUUGUCUGUGCUGGACUAUCUCUCGGAUUACAUCUGCGUCCUGUACGGGCAGCCGGCUGUUUACGGCGUUGUUACCCUUCCUCACUCUGUCCGAGAAGGUAUCAACAUCUUCCUGGAUGGCCAUAUUCCGACCGAGAACUUGCGUUUCCGUGACGAAAGCUUGACCUUCCGCAUUGCCGAAGGUACAGAGGACUUCGUCGCGGAGAAGUCGCGGGCGUUCAAGUACCCAGCUAUGGAGAAGACGCUCGGUAACUUCCAUCUGAGCAUUGAAGCCGGCAGCUUCUCCGACUCUGAGAUCAUUGUCAUGAUGGGCGAGAACGGUACUGGCAAGACUACUUUCUGCCGUCUCUUGGCUGGUGCUCUCAAGCCCGAUGGAACUCAGAAGGUCCCCGAGAUGAGGAUCAGCAUGAAACCACAAACCAUCACGCCCAAGUUCGAGGGCACCGUACGGCAGUUGUUCUUCAAGAAGAUCAAGGCAGCGUUCCUGUCCCCUCAGUUCCAGACCGAUGUCGUCAAGCCUCUCAAGCUUGACGAUUUUAUUGACCAAGAAGUGAAGAACCUUUCCGGUGGUGAACUUCAGAGAGUGGCCAUUGUUUUGGCGCUCGGUAUGCCGGCCGACAUCUAUCUCAUUGAUGAGCCGUCUGCCUACCUCGACUCCGAACAGCGUAUCGUGGCCAGCCGCGUCAUCAAGCGUUUCAUCAUGCACGCCAAGAAGACGGCCUUCAUCGUCGAGCACGACUUCAUCAUGGCCACCUAUCUCGCCGACCGCGUCAUUGUUUUCGACGGCCAGCCGGGUAUCGAUGCUCAUGCCAACAAGCCCGAGUCGCUUCUCACCGGCUGCAACACCUUCUUGAAGAACCUGGACGUCACCUUCCGUCGUGACCCCACAAACUUCCGCCCUCGUAUCAACAAGCUGAACUCACAGCUUGACCAGGAACAGAAGCUGAGCGGCAACUACUUCUUCCUGGAGGACGUCGAGAAGAGCUCUUAAGAAGGGCGUCCACAAGGGCAACCAUGAUAAGCACAACCGCCGCCCUCUUCACGACGAUGCAUGGGAUUCCGGCGUUCUAGGCGUUAAAAAAGGCGGUGGUUGCAAAAGCCGGCCCGGCGGCGCCCGGGCUGUUCUAGAUGAUGCAUCGGAGGAGGGCGGCGCGUCCGAGGACGACGAUCCGGACAUUUAGCAUCGGCGGCGUCAGUCU